AUGGGAACCAGGAGCAAUCAUGAGGGAGAGCAGACUGCUGAUCGGGGGGGAAGCAAGAGGAGGAAGGUUGAUCAAAAUUUGGAAUCACAGGAAGAACAGUGUAAGCCUCCUUUCCGUAGUCUAAAUGCAACACCAAAUGACAGCACAAUAUCGCAUUUCAUUCCAACAACGCAACCGACGUACCACUUCAAAAAUGGGUUCAGAAUUGUGCUCCCAUACAACCAUGUAUACGAAACUAACACAAAGGGCAGAUGGUUUGGACGGCGCCUGUAUGACGUCAUGGCGUCAGAGUUUGCCGCAUUCACCGACGAAUACGUCAGACACGCCUGUGCUCAUGGACUCAUGAAGGUGUUCGAUAGGGUGGGCAACGAUUUGUACCCAGAACCAGGCGAACACGUGAUGGAACACAUAUGCAGGCCUAACGAAAAGAUAUGGCAUCUAGCUAUCGUGCACGAGCAGCUGGCAUUAGAUACGAAAGUCUGCAUUCUGCGAGAAGAUGAGGACUACAUCGCAGUGUCGAAACCAUGCAGCAUCCCUGUUUACCACACCGGGACAUAUCAUUUCAACACGCUCGUUGAGGUGUUAAAACAUGAGGUGCUAAGAGACAAAAAUGCUCAGCUGUACCCGGUGCAUAGGUUAGACAAGCUGACAUCCGGCGUUAUCAUCUUGGCCAAAAAUUCCAAGGCCGCAUCUGCAUUCUGUGAGGGAGUUCGGAACAACGAGCUGCGCAAGGUCUAUGUUGCGCGUGUGAGAGGCGAUUUCAGUCCCGUUUUUGACAACCACAAAUGCCUUGCCGUUGAUGAUGGGAUAGGGGACGGUCGUGUCGCCUGUUGCCAUGGGUUCAUGCGAGUUGUGUCGCACAAGCUGAGUGUACACGAAUUCACCCUGGACGAUACUAAGAGUAACGUUAAACCAGCGGAAACGCGAUUCCGUCUGGUGUCGCACAAUCCGGAACUAAAGGAGUCGCUGAUACUGUGCUACCCAGUCACCGGACGCACGCAUCAGAUCCGAGCUCACCUCAAGUUCCUUGGUUUCCCCAUUUCAAACGACAAAUGCUACAAUGACGGCGAGCUGUGCGAUGACAGCUCGUACUUCAAGAAGUUGCCGGCAGUUCACUGGGAAGUUGACGAGCACGGCAGGUGGCAGCUGCCAGAGUUGAAAUUCGUAGCACCGCAGCCGGCACAACUCAUGCGUGGCAGCUCAGACUACCACGUAGGGCUUAAUAAACCGGUGGAAGGACUCUGCCACAGUCCAACAGGCAUAUUUUUGCACGCACUGCGCUACAUAUGGGAGCAGAAAUUUAGUGUGUCGGAUGCCGCCCCGAAAUGGAUUAAUGAUUUUGAAGUCGACACAGCACACACAGACCUCACAAAAAUGAAUCUUUGGUUGGAUAGCGCUGAAGCGAAUGGUUGA